UUAUCCACUUCCGGUGGAGUGUUGUUUUACUUUGAACAGAAACGGAAGUCUAAUAAAAGUUAGCUGGCGAGUUUGACAAGUUUGAGGACGAAGCGCAGCGUUUUCGCGAACAAGAUUUUCCCCAUAAACUUUGACAUUUAGAUCAUUUAAAUUUCAACCUGUGAUCCCUUAUUCCGUCUAAAUGCCGACAUUCCCCGGGUCCGUCUCCGCCCGCGUUCAUUGGCAAUGGACAGGCAGCAGAUCCAGGUGAGCGACGAAGAGUGUGAAGUGCCUCGAGAAGAAAUACGGAGGAGGAGGAGAAAGAAAGCCAUCACCUCUUCCUCCUCCAUUUCCAUGGAUCAGAUCACCGUUGAGUUUGUCCUGCCCUCGGCUGCGCGGGGUGGAAGCAGUUCUGACUCUCUGCAGCUAGAGGUGGCUGGGAACUGGACCGUAGAGCAGGUGAAAGCCCAACUUUGGAUGAAGGCAGUAACUUUAAACUUCUGCCCGGACUUCUUCCAGAGGCUCUCACCUGACCACUGCAUCCUUCUUUAUCAGAAAAAAGGCACCAUUUGUGAGAUCUAUGACAAGCAUCAGGUGUUCCAGACAUUGGACUGCAUUCGCUACUGGAGAGCUCUAAAGAAAGAAGUGGGGCGAAUCCAGCUGGUGCCCCGUCCUCAGCCCACGGACGAGUCCCUGCAGUACCAACGUUAUCUGAACCAUCUGAUUGGCUAUGAUGUGACUGAUGUGAGCAACGUCCAUGACGACGAGCUGGAGUUCACACGUAGGAAGCUGCUGACGCCACGACGAGUCGAGCUGUCGGACCGAGACCCUAAACUCUACUCCAUGGACCCUUGGGUCACUCAUAAGCAGCUGCCCGAGCACCUGCUCACCAAGGUGAAUAACGGUUACAUCCUGGUUGUGAUCCAUGUCAGCACUUCCAGUCAGACCAUCAAGGUCUCCAUCGACGACACACCUUCACAGGUAUUGACCAGCUUUUUUGCCAAGACACAAAAUAAAAGGGUUUUGUUGGGAAUCCCCGACAACAUGUGUGAAUCGGACUUUGUGCUGCGCGUGUGUGGCAGGGAGGAGUACUUGUAUGGGGAGAAACCGCUGCAAGAUUUUAACUGGAUUCGUCAAUGCCUCAAGGGUGGGGAGGAGAUCCACCUGGUGCUAGAAACACCACCUGAUCCUGAACUGGACCUGGUUCAGAAGGAGGACUGGGCUCAAGUGGAUGAUUGCACUGGAGUUACAGGUACUCACGAGCAGUUGACCAUUACUGAGAAAGACCACGAGCGAGUGUUCACCAUCUCCAUGUGGGACUGUAACCGGAAGUUCAGAAUGAAGGUGUUGGGCAUUGACAUCCCAACACUCCCCAAAGUGCCUGACUUCACAGUCUUCGUAGAGGCCAGCAUCUUUCACGGACAGCAGCUUCUAGCGCAGGAGAGGACGACGUCCAAAACCUUCAACGAGGAGGUGCUGUGGAACUGCUGGCUGGAGUUUAACAUUAAAAUCAAAGACCUGCCCAAGGGGACACGGCUCAACCUGCAGGUGAUCUGUGGGAAACAACCCCAGAUGUCAAGCUCCAGAGGAGGUUCCUACUACGAAGCCACAUCAGGAACCUGCUGCCCUGAGGGGAAGACCAAGAAUCGUGUUCUAUACUACGUCAACCUGCUCCUCAUCGACCACCGCUCUCUGCUCCGUCAAGGCGAGUUCAUCCUUCACAUGUGGAAGAUGCCGGAGAAAAGUGAAGAGAGCAGCAGCAGCAUCAACGCGGACAAACUCACGUCUGCUACCAAUCCGGAUAAGGCGUCCUCUAUGGCCGUCGCAAUUUCUCUGGACAAGUACUGCUACCCGGUGGUGCUGCCCAAGAGCAGGGAUGUGGGCAGGGAUUGUGGGGCGAUGGGUGAGGAAAGCGAGGGAGGGGAGAGAGGUCAGAGGGAGAUGCCCAACCACCUGAAGAAGCAGUUUGAGGCGAUUGUGUCUACAGAUCCGUUACAUCCGCUUAGUCCUGAGGACAAAGAGCUGCUGUGGCACUUCAGGCAUGAGUGCAUGCGCCAUCCCAGGGCCUACCCAAAGCUGCUGGGCUCAGUCAGGUGGGGGAAACAGGAAGAUGUUUUAUCAACACAUCGCCUGUUGGAGCGCAGCAGUGCAUGGGACACCAGCGGUCUGGAUGUAGGUCUGGCCAUGCAGCUGCUCGACUGCCACUACUCAGAUGCUCAGGUCCGUUCAAUAGCUGUCAGGAAGCUGGAGACGCUGGAGGACGACGAUGUGCUCAGAUAUCUUCUCCAGCUUGUCCAGGCGGUGAAGUUCGAGCCGUACCACGACAGCGCUCUGGUCAGGUUCCUGCUGAAGAGAGCUCUGAGGAGCAAGCGCAUCGGCCAUUUUCUUUUCUGGUUCCUCCGGAGUGAGAUUGCCCAGUCCAUGCACUACCAGCAGAGGUACGCCGUCCUGCUUGAGGCGUACCUCAGAGGCUGUGGUGAGGACAUGCUGCAGGACUUCAGGAAACAGGUGGAGAUGACCGAGGCUCUGCAGAAAGUCACGCGUGAAGUCAAGACCAUGUCUGCUGACAAAUGUGACAUCACGGCACAAGUGGUGUUUCAGCUGCGUCAGAAGUUGGAGACUCUACAGUUGUCUGGUCUGCCAGAGAGUUUCAGAGUCCCUUAUGAUCCAGGACUACGAGCUGGAGCGCUGCUGAUCGAGCAGUGCAAAGUGAUGGCAUCCAAGAAGAAGCCCCUGUGGCUACAGUUCAAACGGGCCGACCCCACCACUCUGUCCAAAGAUCCCAUUGGUAUCAUUUUCAAAGAUGGCGAUGACCUCAGACAGGAUAUGCUCAUCCUGCAGAUUCUGCUCAUAAUGGAGUCAAUCUGGGAGACGGAGUCUCUGGAUCUGUGUCUGUUACCAUACGGCUGCAUCUCUACUGGAAACAGAAUAGGGAUGAUAGAGAUUGUUAAAGACGCCACCACCAUCGCUAACAUCCAGCAGAGUGUCGUUGGAAGCACCGGAGCUUUUAAAGAUGAGAUCCUUAAUCAGUGGCUGCGGGACAAGUGUGUCAGCGAGGACAAGUUCCAGCAGGCUGUGGAGAGGUUUCUGUACUCCUGCGGGGGUUACUGUGUGGCCACGUAUGUCCUGGGCAUCGGGGAUCGUCACAAUGACAACAUCAUGAUCACCGAGUCAGGGAAUCUGUUUCACAUCGACUUUGGUCACAUCCUGGGGAAUUACAAGAGUUUCAUGGGAAUCAGUAAGGAGUGGGUUCCCUUUGUGCUCACGCCAGACUUCCUGUUCGUCAUGGGGACAUCGGGGAAGAAGAGCAGCCCCCACUUCCAGAAGUUCCAGGAUGUGUGUGUGAAGGCCUACCUCGCUCUCCGCCACCACACCAACCUCCUCAUCAUCCUCUUCUCCAUGAUGCUGAUGACUGGUAUGCCUCAGCUGACCAGUAAGGAGGACAUCGAGUACAUCCGUGAGGCCCUGACUGUCGGCCGCAGCGAGGACGAGGCACAGCGCCACCUGUUGGACCAGAUAGAGAUCUGCAGGGAGAAAGGCUGGAUGGUGCAGAUCAACUGGUUUGUUCACCUUGUGCUCGGGAUCAAACAGGGCGUAGAGAAACGCUCCACUUAGGACAAAAUCAUCAAAUCUAUAGACAUGAAGGAAAGUCAGGAAGACUUUCAGGCGCUCAAAUUACAAACAGAUAUUUAAAGUUGGAUAUCAUCUCUGAUAUUGACUUAUUUCUCUUCUACGGAAAUAAAAGUAAACUAAAUGUGAAACAGCUUUUGUUGCACUUUAUGGCCCAAGUUUUAAACUAAACUCAAACCAAAUAUAUUCCUUUAUUUCCUACAUCAUUCAGCAUCACUAUGGAAAUCAGAAGCAGCAUGAGGUCACAUUUCUGAGGUCUGAAGGGUUUUUUAUUGUUCUAAAGGUUUUCCUGAAUAUAUGUAGUGAAUUUUGUUGCUACAUAGAAAUAAUCUAAACCCUUUAGGUCCUUUUUUGUAUUUGUUAAAGUUGAAUUUCUCCUACCUGCUUCCUGACAUUUCAUAUUUGUUCUUUAAGUAACUGCCAGGUAAAUAAUGUCUAACAUUUUCAAAAUUUGGCACAUUAUCUUUCUAAUCUUAAAGGUUGAAUAUGGGACACACACACUGGUAAUGUAACAGAAAACAUUUUCCAGCCGCUGGUUCACUGCUUACACCUUAAGUGACCUGCCAGCACCAUGUCCGGUGACAGGGUAAGGACUAAUUUCUACUACUAAGUUUAAUUUACAACAGUAUAUACUGUUAGAACAUCUCCUGGGCUCAGAAUCAGCUGCUUGACUUUAAAUCUGCCACUUUACCCAGUCCCAGCCUCGCCGAGCUGAGCACAACUGUACCCUCUAGUGGCUGGUAGAUGUAAACAAACAGUGACAGCAUUACAUAAAAAAAAUACAGCUUUAAAGGAAAAACUGUACAUUCUGCACACCUCUGAACGCCCCAUGGAGGUAUUGUUUUAAACAGCUUUAUUAAAAUGUUCCAUAUUCCAGCUUUAAAUAAAAUAAAAAAAAUUCAAAUGUUUGUUUGUCGUAGUCAGUUAAUUUUUUUAAGUUUUCUAGUCAGAGAUUAAGAAAAUGAAGUCCUUUAUUGAUUUAUUAACCAUAACUUUUGUUUAAAGUCCAUUUACAUAUUGUCAUGUUCUGUGGUACUCUUGACCCACGACAUGCAGAAUCAGAGGCGGAAACAGGGAGGUAAGAAAAUCAAUUUAUUUUAGAAUGGAGAACUCAAAGUGCUGCUCAAACUGAUGCAGGAAGUACCAGGAUGUUCUAAAGGAGAGACAAAGGUCAAUAUCCGUGAGAGAUGAUGAGAUGGAUGACUGAAGGUUUAGGCUUACUGUCAGGAGGUGGUUGGAGGGCGUGUGAAGGAACACUGGUUGGUCUGUGAAGAAGGGUUGCAAAGGGGUCUUGAUGAAGAACGAGGUCCAGAGUUUCUGCGUGGUGAGCUUAAAGGGUCAGGCGGUAGGGGGUGCAGCCAAGUUAAAGUAAAGUAGGAGUACAUCCAUUGUCAAAAGGUCUGGAGAAAGAAACAUCAUUGCAUAGGUUUGCUGCCUCAGGUUUUAUUAAGGUAAAACUCCAGAAUGCUCUAAGUGAUCAAAUGAAUUACAUUUGACAAUGAACUUGAUAAAAAAAACUUUUCCAAAACAAAACUUUAAAAUGAGACUUUUGGCUUGUUUUUAGCACCCCCUAGUGUCCAGUCAGUCGAAGCAAAAGUGAAACUUAUCUCCUCGCUGUGCGUUUCGUGUUUUUUAACACCUUAAUCUAAUGCUGAAAAGUCUCCUCAGCCUUCAUUAGUGUCUACAGGGGUGGUUCAUCACUAAAUUAAACAAAUCAGCUGUGGAAGCAGACUGCACCAACAGGUAUGUCAGCUCCACUUUUACUAUGUCCAACAGGAGGCGGCCCACCCUCUGAAGUUGAAAGUGCAAAUUCUAGCCACAAAGUCAAAGUGACAUUCAUUGGCCAUGUAAAGGGUCAGUUUAGCACAUAUUGACUCAAGAAAAUAAUUUAUUUAAAAAUAUGAUAAAGUUGCAUAGUGUGGCUUUAAAAGAUUGCCUGGUGUUGAAGGGCAGCGAAGAAGCCGCUUGUCUCCAUAAAAAAAUAAAUAAAUAAAGCAAGAAAUGGUCCCUGAACAUCCUCCUGCACUGGGCUAUUAAAGCAAAAGUUAGAACCAAGUUGUACCAAGGAAGAAAAUAAAACCCGAGGUUCAGAUCCAACUGGUCUCUAACCUGUUAACUUGUGAUCAGCUCUCAAGAAGCAGAUGAACAAAGAAAACAUCCCUAAAUCCUUGACAACCCCAAGCACUGAUGAUGAGGGAUUGAUUUGGACCAGAAGGUGAGCAUGUUGCAGGGAACCGUGAAGGAGAGACCCAACACUCUAAAUAUUGAAUAAACCCAAUGUAGUUUCCAAUAAAAACCUUUGAAGCUUAGGAAAUGUUUUUCAUUUGACUUCAGUAAUUAUAGAGGACAUCUGAAAUGUUAGGGAUUUUAUCAGUAUGUUUAUCAAUUACCCAUUUCCUGUAGUCGAAGAGAAAAGGAGACAAUGAGACAAGUCAACCAGUUAUAACUGUGGCAUAUGCAUGAGGCAAAAUGCCUCGAACAUCUGGUCAGAGAGAGAGAGAGAGAGAGAGAGAGAGA